AUGGAGCGCAGAAAGCCUGCAGUUACUCCCGAAAGUUAUAUCCGAGCAAUUAUCUCUCUUUCAGGGAGAUUUCAGAGCACCUCUGUCUUCCCGGGAGAUAAUUAUAUCGACCUCAAAGGAUGGAUGGUAAAAGACCACAGGAUCUUCAAAUCGGCAAAAUUAGAAGACGAUGCGAGCCAUUUCGCCUCCAUUUUCGACUCCAAGUCCGAACAACCUCACGAUUUAGUGGUGGUAUACAGCAGCGAUGGGGAAAGGAAGUGGGACCUACAACAAUUUAGGCAAGAGAACCACGAAGAGUUUCAUACGGAUACUUCUGUUCCAGCAGAAGGCGCGGGGCAGAUGGUUUUCAUUCGAGGGUAUAUAUCACCAUCGUGGGUGUCGGUGCUUGGGAGCAAAUACAACAUUGAUCCAGAAUUCUUCAGGCGACACAUGGAUUUUCUUUCUGCAAGCAUUUUCAGACAUUCAUUCGGUUUUCCCUCACUUGCCAGUUCUUCAAAUAACAUAUUUAGACUUUGUGUCAGCACCCUUCUCCAUCGCGACGACUUCGGCGGUCAGGAUCUCCAGUCUCAGCGGUCAGAUCAAUCCACUGAGCUCAAAAUGUACAAACUGCGACACCUUGCGUUUACUAAAGUCUGCUGUGGAGAUUCUUUAGUACGCGAGUACUCUACUGUGUGCUCAUCCUUCUCUGUGAUCGAACAAUGGAUCUCAAUUUGUAUUACGAAAACAGAUAAGGGCUGGACUGUCAUUGCCUGGAUGGAUCAAGGUAGACCCUUGGAACAAUCUCCUCCGGGACCAUGGACAAGUCACAUCAAGUCCAAUACUAUAUUGCUCCCUAUCCUCCAACAUCACCCCAAGAUAGCAUUUCGCAACACGACCAAUCGUCUGAAUCCAGAUGCGAAUGCCACCGCAAAGCUCCCGCAAAGCACGGCCAUUCUUCCUUUACAAUACGAUUCAUUGAUCGCACUUGUCGAUCUCGCCCGUCGCGCGCCUCGAGAUCCGCUUUCAAUGUGCAUCCCGCUGUUUACACAUACGGCAUUCUCAGAAGUUCAGUUCUUGAAUCUCAUUGAGUCUAGGAUACAAAUCCAGAUAAAUGCCAUUACCGAAGCAGUUAAAGCUGACGAGUUGGGAACCCUUCAAUAUUUCUACAACAUCCUUAAUCGUCAUGCCCAGCAGCUGAAAGAUAGUACUCAGGCACUCUACAAGUUGGCCGAGCGAAGUAACCAGGGACUGAACGCUGUACCACCGGGUCUCGGCACUGGCACGUAUCGAGGGAUCUCAGAGGCUGAGACGAUUAGAAACCUUGGAGUCAAUAGCUCGUGUGGUGCAUUUACAAUCAGGGGCCUCUUACAAGACUAUGAAGAGCUCCAGGGUCGUUGUAUCGACCUGUCAAAGAUGUGCACCCGGGGUAUAACCAUGGCAAUGAACAAAGCCACAAUCGAGGAAUCCCGCAAAGGCAUUGAGCAAUCUGAGCGAGUCAAGAAGUUGACUCUACUUGCAACGCUUUUCAUUCCUCUUAGCUUCAGCUCUAGCCUGAUGGGUAUGAACAUUGACCUCCUUGGACAGAACACAGUGAAGUUUUGGUGGUUUUUGGUGUUAUGUAUCCCGGUCACUUUGUUUGCCUACUUCUUCUUUCUUUGGGACUUGCAGUAUAUGAGAAUGAGGUGGGCAAAAUUCUGGACAAAUUGUCGCGGAGUUGGGCGAGACAUGGCGGCUAGAAGCAGCGAGAAGGAUCCAAGUCAUAUUGUAUGA